AUGACAACUCAACUAAUGAUAAAAUCACCAACAAUAAUUAUUGUCUUCCUGUUGAUAAUUUUGCCAAUAGGAUAUACAAACGCUAUAGAAUAUUCAAACUUCAUCUAUACAGAAACAUCUAAUCAAGAUAACCUUACCAAAACACAGCCCCGUGUUUUGGAUAUUAAACAUUAUCAAGAUGGUACAGCAGUUCUUCCAAAUGGAAGUGUUAUUCCAAAAGAUUUCGACGGAAUACAAGAUAUCAAUUAUUAUAAUCCUCGGAAUGGAGAUAAUCCUCGUCGACUCGAUUUUGGACCAUCUUACUUACUUCCGGAUACCAAUAUUUGGAGUCCAAAUGAUUAUAUAGCUGUUAACAUAGAUCCUCGGAAGGGAUUUUUGCGUUUAUCCGCACUGCGAGGAACAAACAAUUUUGAAUGGGUGCAAUAUAAAUAUAUAGGCAAGGGGAGAUUCGACUUAUUACAAAAUAAUACAGUUGAAAAUUUAAAUUUAACAAACUUACAAGUUUCUGUACUUCCAACUUUGAGUUAUGGAUAUGUGAUUAUCUACACUAAUACUACGAAUAGAACAUUAUUAGAAAAUGUAGGGCUAUAUGCCAUAUUCCUGAAUUAUAGUCAAAAUAAAACGAGUCAACCAUUGGUUUUACAUGAAGAAUCUGCUCAAAAUAUAAUAUUCACCAAGUUAACAUGCUCCAUUGACUAUAUUAAUAUCAGUUAUGUAUGCGUCCUAACCAUAGAACAAAAAAACCUAGCUCCUAUUAACGGAACCAAUAAUACUAGCACGAUCACAAACACAUCUUACAUCAAAAUAAACUUUCUUUCCACAGGACCUUGGCUUAAAUCGUAUUUAACACUCAAUUUAACCUUAACGUCUUUUAGAGCAUUGCCUGUUGGAGGAUACGCAUUUAUAUCACAAAACAUAGCCCUUAGUUCAGCUGUGAAUUUCACGUUUCAUCUUUAUGAUGAAUAUGAUAAAUCAUCUACUUGGGAAUUUUUACAGCAGCCUAUUAUCUCUAACCUUGUUAGCUCAUAUGAUAUAUUGCCAAAUAAUACGAUGUUGGUGGCGCAAAAUGAAUCAACCACUGCUUGGAAUCUCCUCACGAUCAAUUUGCCUCAUCUUGGACCAUUUAACGAUAGCGGUUAUGGCAAUUUACAUGUGAAAUCGGCAUAUCCCUCAAAAGGUUCUAAUAAUCUAACAUUGAAUUACGACGUGAUUUACAUCAUAUAUCAAGAACCCGUCUUGCUUUCAGAUGGCAAUUUAACCAUUUAUCAAUUGGAUGACCGAAUUAAUGUUCGACAAACAAUUAAUUCGAGAACUUGUCAAUGUAAUAUCUCAGGCACCACUGUUAAAAUCAAUAUUUUUUCUAGUACAUUCAAUUAUCCGGGUGGGAAUUAUUGUAUACAAAUUGACAAUAAUUUUGUAAAAAAUGCCUUUGGUGAACCUAUCCUAGGAAUUCAACAAAAUAUAUGGACUUUUGAAACAGCUACUAAUGAAAGUUUAGAGAAUAGUAAUGAAGAUAUUUCGGGAAUACUACGAUUAACAACAGAAGGAACUCAGUAUUUUCAAGGAUUGAAUGACUCAGAAAAACAUAGCUUUUUUUAUAAUUUAAUGCAUGAACUCACUGAUAUUAUUCCUACAGAGGUAGGAAGGUUGGGUACAAACGAACGUAAUCAAUUUGAUCCAGCCGAUUCGACAAAGAUUCUUAUCUUGUUUCCUAUUAUUGGUACAAACGGAAGUGCUAAAAUGUCUACUGAUAAGAUAGCUAAAGAUUUAGACCAAUUAAUUAAGAAUAAGGCAUAUACAUCAAUAUCACUAGGUCAUAAUACAAAAUAUUUAGAUGAAACUUAUGGACUUGGUUUACAUAACAUGGUUCGUAAUACCCAUUGUAGUCAUAGCUCAGUAGCAAGGUCAAAAUCACCUGAGAGUGAAAAUUUCACAAUUCUCCAACUUGGUUUUAACCUAUUUCGUUUUGUCACCUUCACAAUAUUUGUUGUUUUGUAUUCUCCGUCCAUUCCAAUUCUUUUUAUACCCAGUGUAGUAUUUUUGGUGGCACCCAUAGUGUUCAACUUUAUUACAGCAGCUUUAAUGUGUUUCACGGCUUCCAUAGAACUCCGCAUAGAUUUAACAUUAUUAUUGAUUACUUGGGCGCCAAAUGAUGAUUUUAUCAUAUGGUUUUUAAAAUACAGAAGGGUUGCGACUUUAUUUAUAUUAUUAUCUAUAAUACAUAUUGAUGCAUUAGUGAUGUUAAAAUCAUGUUUAGUAGGUCUUGAGCACUUCAAUGCACCAUUACCUGAUAAGUCAUCAAAAAUAAUUUUUCGUGGAUCUUGUUUUAGCUUAUUAUUGACAGAGCUACCACAAUUUAUUAUCCAGGUUAUUUACAUCAAUUUUGCUGUUGUGUACGACAUUAUUCCAUUAUUAGCCAUAAUAGCAUCUGGCCUUUCAAUACUUUCUAACAUAGUUAGUAAACUAUAG